GAUCCGAAACUUAUCGCUGAGACUUUACUCCGCUACGUGCGUGCAGUGGGCCACCCCAGCCGCGUGCUGGCCAGCACUGAUUGCGGCUUUGCCUCCACUGCCAGAUCCACAGCAGUUUCUGCGGACAUCGCGUGGAUGAAACUCCAGAGCCUGGCAGAGGGUGCGGCCUUGGCCACCUGCCGCUUCAUCGACCAGCGUGCUCCGGUGCCCUGCCGCUCGCCGAACUUGAUGCCGACACCCUUCCGCCCUGUGAUCUUCGCGCAGGGCUUCAGCAGCUAUGCCAGGGAGCUGCAGGCGGCCUUCUCCGGGCUCACCGUGCAUCCAGCCAACAUCUACGUUGAG